AUGCGACAGAUUUCGUUAAUUCUAAUAUUCCAGAUACUUUUACUCUUUGGAAGAGUUGAUUCAAAAUUUCGGUUCCGUCCUAAAAGGAAGAUGAAGCCAUUGGCUGGUACUUAUGGUGGUAGCCGGUAUAAGAUAAUUGAUUUUACCAAUACUGGUUUUAACGGUACUUACACUCCCGUGAGUGCGUUACUUAAUAGUGAGGGUCCUGAUUGUAGCUGUCAUGUGGCUGCCCCCAUAUGGUUUACUGGAGAUCAUGCCCCAUUGGACGAUGAAUUUUCGAUCCAUUUUCGGGGACCUUUAAAAUUACACAAGUUUGCCCAUUAUGUGUCACCUUAUUUUGUAUUUGGGGACCCUUACUCCGAGGAUUGGGAAAGGCUGUCAUACUAUGAUGCUAAAUCUCAAACUGCUGAAAAUGUAACGUUCAUGCUUAAAGGUGGUGCGAAUUCCCCAUGUUUAGGUAAGGCGUUGACUUAUGCUUCUGCUUCCGGAAAGGGCCCGUCGUCAUCUCCGGUGCCGCUAGCUGACGGUGUUUUACUUAACUCUGAUGAAGAGUAUAGUCUUUUCUCAGGUGUUCCGUGUGGUGCAUCUGGACUAGGUAACGAUUGCGGUGUUUAUCGUGAUGGUAUACCUGCUUACCAUGGCUUCGCUGCCGGUACAAGAAUGUUUUUGUUCCAAUUUGAGAUGCCAACAGAGACGCUCCCAAAGACUAACAAUUAUACAUAUUAUGACUUACCAGCAAUCUGGCUAUUAAACGCUAACAUUCCUAGGACUGGGCAAUACCCUUAUCAUCCCAAUUGUUCUUGUUGGUCUAGCGGGUGCGGUGAGUUCGAUGUAUUCGAGUCUAUGAAUCUCACUGAAGCCAACCAUCUAUAUCCAGCUAUCCAUACGUACCAAGGAAUUGGGGAUAUAGGAAGAGGUAUACAACCUCCAGCAUUUAUUCAAAGAGAUCCUAAUGCUGUGAUGAAUGGAGGGAUUAUAUUUGAUUCAGAGAGAGGCAUCCGAGUUUUUAUAACUAAAAGUAGUGAUCACUACUAUGAUAUAUUACCCGUUGAGGUUUUGGAUGAGAUGAUGGAAGAUAUUUCCCCAAGGGAUAUAUUCCAUAUCGAGCUUCCAGUUGUUGACGUCAAUUUACCUGAAGACGAGGAAGAAGAAGGUAGAGAAGACCCUCCAAGUGAUGAAACUCCAGAAGAUGACGAGGAAGAAGACAACCCCGAUGAUGAGUAUCCUGAUGAUGAUGACUACGAAGACGAAUUUCCUGAUGAAGAUGAGGAUGAAGAUCAAGAUCAAGAUGAAGACGAAGAUGAAGAUAACGAAAAAGAUGAAGAUGAAUGUGAGGAUGAUGAUGAUGAUGAUAAUCCAGAUGACGAUGAUGAGGAUGGAAAUCCUGAUGAAAAAGAAUGUACUAAGAAGAAGUCUGCUUAUGGCGCAAAUUCAACAGAGUCCCUCUCUGUUUCCAAAAGAGCCAAAGCCGCUGGAAAAAGUAAACAGGUAGUUAGAAGGGUUAGAAAUCAUCGUUUGAAACGCGACAAUACUGGUGACCAGACUUUUAUGAAGAUUUCAGAACAAAAAUUUGAAAAAGUGCAACUGUCGUCUGCCUCCAGACUGCUGCUACACUCCACCGAAAUGCUAAGCGGCUCCGUUAUAGUCUUAUGUGCUUCCUUAGUAUACUUGCUUACAUAG